AUGUCUGCCCAAGACGGCGUAUCAAGACUUCAGGACCCAGCUGAGCCAGAAGCUCAAGAGAGUUUCUUGACCGAAGACGGCUGCUAUGUCGCCCUUACCCACGCCCCGCUCAAUGUCCAGUCCAUCAUGGACCGUGUCCGCUCUCCGCAAGCUGGUGCGAUAGUCCUCUUUGCGGGAACAACCCGUGACUCCUUCGCAGACAAGUCCGUCUCUAAGCUGGUCUACUCAGCCUAUGUGCCACGCGCGCUGCGCACGAUGCUGGACAUCGCCACUGAAAUACGCGCUAAGCACAAUCUGAAGAGCAUUGCCAUGAUUCAUCGACUGGGGGAAGUGCCAGUUGGGGAAGAGAGCAUUAUGAUUGCUGUGUCAGCGCCGCAUCGGGGCCCCGCGUGGCGUGCUGGGGAAGAGGCCCUGGAAGCAUGCAAGGCGAAAGUUGAAGUAUGGAAGUGGGAAGAGUUUGCCGAGGAAGGAGGUGGUGGUGGUGCGUGGAGGGCGAAUCGGGAUGGAGCGGUCGGGGAGAGGGUGGCUUAA